AUGCCUGAUGCCAAUGGAACAAAUUCACAACAAGACCAACAACAAGAACAACAAGAACAACACCAUCACCAACACCAUCAUCAUAUAUUCAGGAAUCCACAUGAAGAUGAUAAUUUAGAAAAUGAUAAACCACCAAGGGAACUGACAGACUUUGAUAAGUUAUAUAGAUCCAUUUCAAAUGAUAGUAAACAUGAUCAAAAUAAAGCAUACCGUAAAAACGUACCAAGAGAAGAUUCUACUCAAAUAAUUGGUAAUCCGUUAUCAUUUUUUAGUCCAUAUGAAGAUACUAAUGAACGUAGAGAAGAUGAAAGUGAUGAAGACGAAGAUAAUUAUAAUGUUGAUAAUUACGACAAUAAUGACUAUAAUAAUGGCUAUAAUAAUGACUAUCAACAACAACCUCCACUGCAAGACAUUACUUCAAAUAUGACCCAUUUGAAACCUCAGCCAGACAACGAAUCACAAUCAAACAAUCUUUCGACAAACAAUCUAUCAACACCAGCCUCACCAAGAACAAGAAAACCAUUAUCAAAGUCACAAACUUUUGGGAGUUUUAUUCCAAAUUUUAUGCCUAAAUCUACAUCCACAUUACAUGAUGAUCAACUGAAUGUUGGUCCACAACAACCACAAUUCCACUCUCAUAAAUCAAGUCAAGACGUGAAAGCUGAUCAAAAGCAAAAAGGUUUCAAAAAUAAAUUGUUUGGUGAAAGGAAAAGACAUGAGCAAAGACCUACAACUUAUGGAUCAAACAUUGGUCUUGAUGACGAAGAGGAGAAUUCUUAUAGACUGACGGGACUUAGAGCUCAAAAGCUUAUUUCAGGAUUAUCACUUGGAGGUCCUUCUUUAGGAUUAAUGGCAUCUUGUUUAUUAGAGGAUGAUCGAGGAAUUUCUAGAGCUCCACUACUCUUAAACUUAUUGGGUUUCAAAAUCAUUGAUAUCACUGGGAAUGAUUAUGCGAGAAACAGAGUUUUAAGAAUUGAUUUAGAAUAUGGAGUUGGAGCUGAAAGAAUGGUUUGGUCAGUUCAGAAAACUGCAGCAGAUAUAACAUUAUUACAUGCAAAAUUGAAAUAUGAAUUAUUCAAGACAGAUUUUGGAGGCGGCAAAACUCAACUUCCAAAACUUCCACUUCCACCUGUUAAGAAAUUGAAUAAGUCAAAGAGAAAUAAGAUGAAAUCUAAUAUGCCAAGUCUUAAUUUAACAGUUCCUGAUACUGAUAACCGUUCUAUACAAUCAAAUUCAUCAAGGAUAUCGAGAAUUCGACUGCGUAUUGGAAGUAUUACUUCCGUGGUAUCUUAUGACAAACAUGAAACCCUUGAAUUACGUCAAAACAGAAAUGCAGAAUAUAGACGGAAUGCUGAAGAUUAUUUAAGAAAACUUAUUGAGGAAGUUUCCCUUAAACCAAUAUCAAAUUUGUUAUUCAUUUUUUUUGAAUUAUCUCCACUUUCUGCGUUAUUAAAUUAUGAAAGAGGUUAUCAAGGUAAACAGGGAUUAAUCCAUGUGAGUAGCUCAGCUAGCUCUCAAGGUUGGAGAGUUGGCCAUUUCAAAGCCGAUGAUUUGAAGGGGAUCUAUGAUAGAAGAACAGAUAAGUGGAUGCUUGUAAGAGAUAGUUACAUAAUGUAUGUUUCAGAUAUAAACUCAACCACUCCUUUAGAAGUAUACUUGUUGGAUACGGAUUUCAAAAUUCAUACCAAAAAUGAUCCAUUUAAGGAAGAUAACGAAGAGGAAAAUUUAGUAGACCCCAAUUUUACUACUGUUGAAGAUGUUAAAAAUCAUAUACACCAACACAGUCAAUUGUUUCAUGGUUAUAAGAUUUACCUUGAAAAUAGGGAAAGAAAAUUAACUAUUAAUCCUGGUUCAAGUAGAGAGCAAUUGGCUUGGUUGAAAUCACUAAGGAAGAUGCAGCAAGCCUCAGAAUGGGGUGUCAAACAUAGAUUUGACUCGUUUGCUCCCGUUAGAACGAAUUGUGCAGCACAAUGGUUUGUUGAUGGUAGAGAUUAUUUUUGGGCAGUAUCAAAUUGUAUUGAAAUGGCUAAAGAAACAAUUUUUAUACAUGAUUGGUGGUUAUCGCCUGAAUUAUAUUUAAGAAGACCUGCAAGUAGCAAUCAACAAUAUAGAAUAGAUCGUUUGUUACAAAGAAAAGCAGCCGAAGGUGUCAAAAUUUUCAUCAUUGUUUAUCGAAACGUUGGUUCAACGGUUGCAACAGAUUCUUUAUACACGAAACAUUCAUUGCUUUCCUUAAAUGAAGAAAAUAUUCAUGUCAUAAGAUCACCUAAUCAACUUUUACAAAAUACUUUUUUUUGGGCUCAUCAUGAGAAACUUUGUAUAAUUGACCAAACAUAUGCAUUUUUGGGGGGUAUAGAUUUAUGUUAUGGAAGGUAUGAUACAGCUGAUCAUGCCUUAACGGAUGAUUCUGAAUUAGAUUUUGAAUACCUAAAAAAGAAUCCAGAAUACAACGGUGAUAUAUUAUCUAAAUUUCAAAUAUUUCCUGGAAAAGAUUAUUCGAAUCCUAGAGUGAAAGAUUUUUUUGAGUUGGAAAAACCGUAUAAUUCUAUGUAUAAUAGACAAACUACACCAAGAAUGCCAUGGCAUGAUAUACAUAUGUUUACUUAUGGUUCAAUAGCUAGAGAUUUAUCAAGACAUUUUGUACAAAGAUGGAAUUAUUUGAUAAGACAAAAACGUCCUAGUAGAUUGACCCCAUUAUUAAUUCCUCCACCAGAUUUCACACCAGAUGACGCUAAGAUAGCUGGAUAUUCUGGAACUUGUGAAAUGCAAUUAUUAAGAUCUUCUGGAAAUUGGUCGUUAGGUCUACAAAGAUAUGAACAAAGUAUUCAAAAUGCAUAUUUAAGUUUGAUUGAAAAUUCAGAGCAUUUUGUUUAUAUUGAAAAUCAAUUUUUUGUUACUUCAUGUGAAAUAGAUAAAACAGAAAUUAAAAAUAGAAUUGGUGAUGCUUUGGUAGACAGAAUUAUUAGAGCUCAUAGGGAAGGAACGAAAUGGAAAGCUAUCAUUGUAAUCCCAUUAAUGCCUGGGUUUGAAGCUCAAGUUGAUCAAGCCGAAGGUUCUUCUGUUAGAGUUAUAAUGCAAUGCCAAUAUAUGUCAAUUUCCAUAGGAGAUACAUCAAUUUUUGCAAAAUUAAGAAGAAAAGGAAUUGAUCCAGAUGACUAUAUUCAAUUUUUUUCAUUAAGAAAAUGGGGUCGUAUUGGAUCUCAAAGAUCAUUAGUAACUGAACAAUUGUACAUCCAUGCUAAAUGUAUGAUUGCAGAUGAUAGAGCUGUUAUUAUUGGUAGUGCAAAUAUUAAUGAAAGAUCAAUGAGAGGAGUUCGUGAUUCUGAAGUGGCCGCAGUGAUUAGAGAUACUGAAACAAUUGACACAACAAUGGAUGGUAAACCGUUCAAAGCUGCUAGAUUUGCUCAUACGUUAAGGAUGAGGUUGAUGAGGGAACAUCUUGGUGUGAGUGUUGAUGUUUUUGAUGUAAUAGAACGUAGAUUUGCAAAUAUCAAAAAGUUUGCUCAAACAACAAAAGGAUUAAAUUGUGCAACUAAUCAAUUUCUGAACGAAAAUUAUAAGGUUACAUCAGCAAUGGUUGAACUUGCUUCAAGAGAAGUUUUGAAACAACAUAAUGGAACAGACAGAUAUAUUAGUUUUAUUAAAGUAAAUGGUUUAGAUGCUGAAAUAGUUGAUAUAAAUUAUGAAAGAGAAGAAGUAGAUACACCUGCACCUUUGCAACUUCCAACAAUGUUUAAUAAUAGAACCGGUCCGUUCGAAGCAAAUAAGGGAGUUCGUGACAAGAAAAAACAUUCUUAUGAUAGUAGAGUUCAACGUAAUCAAGAACAUAAAGAUGACGUUGCAGGAAAAGGUUUAGAUCAAUAUAAAAGUAUAUUAGCUGCAACUGCUAGAGUCAAGAAUGACGAAUUUUUGCAAGAUGUUGCCUUGAAAACAAUGGAAGUAAAUGACAAUAAACCAUUCUUGCCAGUUCUUGAAGAUGUUUUGAAUUUUUUAAAUUCUAAUGAUUAUGAAAUGUUUAAUAAGAUGGAUGAAGAGUCUGAACAAAUUAUAGAUGAAAGAAAUAAAGAAAGGUGGUUAUUAUUAAAGAAAAUUGCAUAUUUACAAAGAGUUGCAGCUAGAGAACAACAUUUUGCAGAAGUUGAAAAUGAAAAAAGAACUCAAACCGGAUUACCACCUUUAAGUCAAACUGCACAAUUAUCAGAUCAAGAAAUAUCUUCAGAUUCUAACAUUAGUAUUUUAGAAACCAAAAGAAAAACAACAUCAUUAUCAGAUCCAGCUAUAAAAGAGCUUCUCGAAAACGUAACUACUCCUGCUGCAAAAGUUUCCAAAUUUAUGGACCCUUACAAAUUUGAAGAUCCAUUAGAUCCCUUUUUUUACGAAUAUCUUUGGAAUGAGCACGCAAAAAGAAAUACAGCUAUAUAUAGAAUGGUUUUUCAUUGUCAACCAGAUAAUUAUGUUGAUAGAUGGUCUGAAUAUACCCGUUAUACAAAUUUACAAAGUGAUUUUAUGAAAGGACAAAUUUCUGAAGCUGACGGAUUUGUAUUGAAUCCAUAUAAAGAUCGCACAGAUGGUGAAAAAACUGAUAUACAUUUGGCUAAUGAUGCUCAACACCAUUUUGAAAAUGAGGGUGAUAGUGAGUACGGUUUAUUAGGUAGAGUUCCACCUUCAAAAGAAGAGUUACAAAAGCAAGAAAAUGAAAGUAAGAUUAGACAUAAGUUAGGUCGUAAAAUGAGUUCGUUUGCAGGUGCAGCAGAACAAAAGAUUGAUUCAAAACUAGAUAAAAUUAAGGAUGACGAAGCAAAGAUAGAAGAAGACAAAAUCAAUGACAAUUAUCAAAGUAAUAAACAAGAUGAAAUUAAAGGUAAUGCAUACGAUUCUACUAGAAAUUCUUCUGAUUCAAAUGAAAAAGUAAGAUCACGAUCAAAUACUCAUUAUCAACAUCAACAACCUAAAAUUCGUAAGAUUAGGGAAAAUGGUUAUGUGAAUCGUAGAAGAAUAAUGAAUGCUGAUGUUGUAUAUGAUAAAGCUACAGCAGAAAAAUUAUUAUCUGCAAUACAAGGGCAUUUAGUUUAUUUUCCAACUAAUUGGUUAGAUGUUGAAUUGAAUAAUGAUAAUUGGUUUUAUAGUACUGAUAGAAUCCCACCAAUGGAAAUAUAUGAUUAA